ACAAAACGUUUACAACUACCAACAAGGGGGAAUAUGCACCGAAUAUGCAGCGCAGGCGUGCGGGGACGCAAAACCCGUCCGUCGCCCAAACCAACGAGCCGAUCCUCUUCAUCCUCCCACACCCCGACGCCGUUCCUCCGUCGAGGUAUGACACAGGAGGCCGCCGCCACCACCAGCCUAGUGCUAACCCAGGACGCCCGGAGCCGCAAAGACAACCACCACCAUCACCGCCCGCCGCCGCCCGAGCCCGAGGAGGACGACGACACGGGCGCCAUGCCCCCGCCGUCCUGCACGACGAUCCUGCUGCGCCGGGAGGGCGAGCAGGCGGCGGCGACGGAAGGCGAGGAGCCGCCGCAGCUGGUCCCGCCGCUCAACUUCGCCAUGGUCGACCACGGCGUCUACCGCUCCGGGUUCCCCGACGCCUCCAACCUGCCGUUCCUCGAGUCCCUCCGCCUCCGUUCCAUCCUGUACCUAUGCCCGGAGCCGUACCCGGAGGCCAACCAGGAGUUCCUCCGUGCCCGCGGGAUCAGGCUGUUCCAGUUCGGAAUCGACGGCUCCAAGGGGCAAUUUCAAGCUAAAAUGGUGUUAUUUCUAGUCCUCGGACCAUUUUUGUGUCUGAUCAAUCCACUGCUUGUGAUAGAGCCUUUUGUGAACAUUCCUGAAGACAGAAUCCGUGAGGCUUUAAAGGUUGUUAUAGACACAAGAAACCACCCGGUGCUUAUUCACUGCAAGCGGGGAAAGCAUCGAACUGGCUGCGUGGUUGGAUGCUUGAGGAAAUUGCAGCGAUGGUGUCUAACUUCGGUAUUCGACGAAUACCAGCGUUUUGCCGGAGCGAAGGCAAGAGUGUCUGAUCUAAGGUUUAUGGAGCUCUUUGACAUCUCAAGCUUAAAGCAUUUACCAGCAUCUUUCUCGUGUUGAGAAAGAAGCACAGAGUAAGCGGCCUGUGGAGUGUGGACGUGUCAAGAUUGGCAUUUCUUUCUAGGACUUUCCGAGUCCUGUGUAUCUUGUAGCAUGGCUAGCACGAUAAGAAAUGGAGUAACUGUAACGGAGGUGGCGUUUUGGCUCAUAGGAGCAAAUGCUCCUAUUAUACAAAAUAAUUAAAAAACAAUUUUAAAAAUGUCAAAAAAUUCUGACAUAAAUUUUUUGUUGUACAUCGUGACAUUCUAUGUUAGUGCACAAGUUUUCAUGGAGAAACAACAUUUUAUGUGGUGUGUACAAAAAAGAUAAAAAAAUGUGACGUGUUAUAGCAUCAAAAUUUGUCUUUUUUACUGGAGCCACAAAUUUUUAUAGUUUUUUUUUAAAACUUGUGUACGAACAUAAAAUAUGUAGAUGUACAUGAAAAUUUUUAGUUUAGAAUUUUUUGACACUUCGAAAUGUAGAUUCACACAAUGGGAGCAAAUGCUCCUAUGAGCCAAAGUGAAUAUCCCGUAACUGUUAGUACUACAGUACUACUUUUGUGUCUGCUACAACUGUCAUAUUACCAAGUUGACCGAGGAGCUUUAACAUUAUCAGACACUUUUUUGGAACAUAGGCAUGUAGGAUAGAUAGGCGACAUGAGUUGUAUACUUGCAGGUGCUGCAUUUAGCAUUCAAUAAUGGGUUUGCUGGCACCUGGCAUUGUGUAGACUUAUGGAGUUGUAAUUAUGUUAUGUUUAUGAAAAUAAAACACGUCUGACAAGGAAAA